UCGGAGUAGGAGGAGGCUGGGGGGGUGGGCUUGUUUUUUUUUUUCUUUUCUUUUUUUUUUUUAGUCGGGGAGUUUACAAUGCGCCUUUCACACGCAACGAUGAGACAAGUUCGCCGGACGCUUGGACGCGUUGCGAGCCACUCUUGAAUCCCGGGAAAGCGAUCCUCGGUGGCGGCGGUACCCGUAACCGUGGCGGGCAUGAAGAAGCCGAGCGUCCCGCUCCCCGGGAAAUGGUAGCAUACUGCGGACACCGCAACUGGGCAGGAACAUGGUCGAGAGGAGCAGUAAAUUCUUGUUGAUCGUGGUCGGAUCCGUGUGUUUUAUGCUGAUUCUCUAUCAGUACGUGGCGCCCGGGGUCAUCAAUUUCGGCUCGCCGCACGGCUACUUCGCCGAGGAGGACGAGGGGGACAUCUUCCCCACGCCGGACCCCCACUACGUCAAGAAAUACUUCUUCCCGGUGCGAGACCUGGAGCGGACCGUCGACUUUCAAAUCAAGGGGGAGGACGUGAUCGUGUUCCUGCAUAUCCAGAAGACCGGCGGGACUACGUUUGGCCGCCACCUGGUGCAGAAUGUCCGCCUGGAGGUGCCGUGCGACUGCCGGCCGGGACAGAAGAAGUGUACCUGCUACCGGCCCAACCGCAAGGAGACCUGGCUCUUCUCGCGGUUCUCCACCGGCUGGAGCUGCGGCUUGCAUGCCGACUGGACCGAGCUAACAAACUGCGUGCCCGGGGUUCUCAACAAGAAGGAGAGCAAGCAGAAGAAUCUAAGCAGGAAGUUCUACUACAUCACUCUACUGAGGGACCCGGUGUCGCGUUACCUGAGCGAAUGGCGUCACGUGCAACGCGGGGCCACGUGGAAGACCUCGCUGCACAUGUGCGAUGGACGCACGCCCACGCCCGAGGAGCUGCCGUCAUGCUACGAUGGCUCCGAUUGGUCGGGGUGCACUCUGCAGCAGUUCAUGGACUGUCCCUACAACCUGGCCAACAACAGACAGGUGCGUAUGUUGGCCGACCUGAGUCUGGUUGGCUGCUACAACAUGUCGACAGUGCCUGAGAAGAAGCGGGCGCAGCUCCUCCUGGAGUCAGCCAAGAAGAACUUGCGUGACAUGGCCUUCUUCGGCCUGACCGAGUACCAGAGGAAAACCCAGUUCCUGUUUGAACGCACCUUCAGACUGCAAUUCAUCCGGCCCUUCAUGCAGUACAACAGCACACGUGCCGCUGGGGUGGACUUGGACAACGCUACGGUGCAGCGUAUCGAGGAGCUGAACGAACUAGACAUGGAGCUGUACGACUACGCCCGGGAUCUUUUCCAGCAGCGCUACCAGUUCACCAGGCAGCAAGAGCGACGGCUGCAGCGCAUCAAGAACCACACACAGCAAAGCCGGCAGGGCGCGGGCUCCGGCCCGUGGCCCUCGGCCCGCCGCCAUCCCCCCGACCGGGGCGAAGAGCGGGACGAUGAGGACGAGGAGGGCGGCCGUACGGAGGAGGCGGCGGGGGGCGGCCGACUCCCCACCGAGGACUACAUGAGCCAAAUCAUCAACCGCUGGUAGCGACCAAGCCUGCUUUUGCAUUUCAAGUGACCGUUUAAAGAAAAGAAGAAAAAUGGCUGUUGCUAUGACAACCGGGGAUGGCGGAUUAUUAGCGCUCGCCCGUUACCCCCCGCUGAGUUCCUCGGUACCUCCAGCCGUCAUUAGUGACUGAGGAGCAUUUUUAAACUUGCUGACUCCCAACAUUCUCUCCCAAAAACGUGUCACUUCAGAUGGUGAAGGAUUCAUCUAUUUCCUGGACAGUUUGCUCCAAAAUUUGCGCUCACUUUUAGGAACACCUUAGCUCAUUUUCUUUUUUUUUGUCUUUUUUUUAAAGGAAAGACAACACCUCAUAUAAGUGACCUUCAUGUGAAAGACGGUUGCUUAGGUAUGCAAAUUGCGCAUUUUUUCGACAUCUGAGAGUGAACAAAAUCAUUUUUAAACUCCACUUACUAGUGCAGCCAUUGUGUGCUGAGAGAUGACUAUUCAUGGCCACUCCUCCCAGUUAAAAAGAAUUCGACAUCUAUUGCCCGCAAUGGCAUGGAAUGAGUUAAACACUAUGAACAAAAAAAAAUGUUACUUGUAUUUCUGUUUUUAUUCAUUUUAAUUUAAUGAAUUUAGCUUUUAUUAACAUUGUAUUCAUUUAUAAAUUUAUUUACAAUUGUAUAAAAUGAAAUUAAAAAUACAGUAAUUAAUAAUAACUGAAAAAAAUUUAAUAGUAAUUGCUAUUUAGUUUUUUUAAUGACCAAAAAUGGUCAAUUAAAAGGUCUUAAGUCAACUCUUAAACGGCUGUCCACUCGAGUAACUACUGUCCAUUUAGAGAUCCUAAACUUUUCCAAAGUAAUUCAAAAUUUGAAGAUUAUGGUCCUGUCCUAUUACAAAAAAAAUAAUAAUAAUAAGAAAAAGUGUCAAAAUAGGGGAAACCUAAAGUAUUUGGCCCUCAAUGUUCAAUGACUAGGGACUUUUGUGGCUCCUGGUAUUAUAUUAGGGCACUUUCACAUUAGACCAAGAGGACCAGCACCAACACUUGCAAAUGACUUGUUAAAAAGGUUCAGCAUUCACGCUGUGCCACCAAACUUUCCGAGCAGCAAGUUUUGGUGUGUAGUUAUAACUGUGUUAUAACUGAGUUAUAACUACUGUAUGCGGCCAAUGUAAAACCAGCUAAUUUUAAGAACAAUUCUGGUUUUUCCAUCACCGUCAAUGGCAUGCAAUCAAUGAAAGCGUUAGAAGCACCAUAUAAAUCACUGGUGUCAAACUGAAGUGACUGAAGUGGGGGGAGGGAGCAGAUCCGGGCCGCAACAUAAUUUUUUUGUGGCCCGCAAAAAUAAAAAUGUAAAAAAUGUAAAAUAAUAAAAUGUUUGUAGACCUUGAGGAGAUUGGUUUUUUUUUUUUUAUUGUAUAGUCUUUUUUUAUUUUAAAAUAUGUAAAUAAUAUUAACCACUUUUUUGUUUUUUUAAGCAAAUAAACAACAUUAACCAAUUAAAAAUAUAAUAAUAUUAUAAAUACAUUUUCCCGCCUUUUUUAGUCAGGAAUUUUAAAUCAAUUAAUACAAUACAAAUGCUGCAUAUCUGAGAAUAUUUGCUAUAUUUGCUAAGGCUCAAAAAAGCAGAUUUCAACCAUUUUUAGGUCAACAACGUAUCAAUGAUUCAUUGACUUUCGAAAUAAUUGUCAAUUUGUUGUUACUCACCACCACCACCAAUGAAGCAAUAGCUACGAUUUGGCCCGUGACAGAGAUAAGUUUGUUACCCCUGAUCUAAAUCAUAUUAAUUUUUAUUUAUUUAUACAAAACCUGCAUGGAUUACUCGCUGGUCACUCUUGUUGUUUUUUCCACUGAGGGAUAUGGCUUUUUUUCGUGGUGCAGUGACACUGCACAUAAUAUAGCAUAAAUUAAGUCACCGCUGCCCCGCCCCCCUCGACUCUAGGCCGAGCUAAUUGGAGCAUAUAAAAAAUGCAUAGGGGAAAAUUAAACUACCAAAGGAAACCGCGCGGUACCCCAGGUUACGAUCGUUCUCACUUUCGUGACUUUAUGGACUUUGGAAAUUGUCGCCACUUCCAGGAGAGCGAGACUCACGAAAGGGUCCGCCUGCCUCGGCCACUGUCACUCUCACACGGUCUGUUCUGGAACAGCAUGCAAAACACAACAGCCACAUUAGAACCCAAUUCUGUGUAUCAAAUGCAACUGCUUCGCGCAGCACAACAACAUUUGGCCGUGGUUCAUCAUUUGUCAUCUUGCCAUUCUGAAUUUUAAUUAGCGUGUGUGCUGCGCUUCCGCUUCCAAGAAUGCUCUGCGUGCAGCGUCACAAUGUGGAGAUGCACAUAAAGUAGCAAAAGCACACCCUGCUCCGGUUGCAUUCACAAGCGAAGCAGAGUGCGCUUAAAGCAGACCGAGACCCACGAUUUUUGAGCAGAUCAGAGUUCGUUUGUUUGGUCCAAAUAAGAGUUCGGAUGACGAUCUGAGAAAAAGAACUCUGGUCCAUUUAGAAGGUACCAAACAGUGCUAGUGUAAAAGUGCCCUUAAUUGGUGGGAGACAGUCAAAACGGCCCUUUGAGUAUCAAAAGUUGCUCACGCCUGGUUUAACUAGUAAAGCUGUUUAGAAAUGUCUGCCAAUGGCUAUUUCAUCUGCUUUAGGGACAUACUGGCUUUUAAGGUUUUUUUUCCCGUUAUUACGCAUUUUUUAAAAAAAAUAAUUAAUUGUUUUCUUAACUUCAUAGAACAUGAUUCUUUCUAAUAGGGGGUGCACAUGAUAAAAGGUGUUGUCUUUCCCUUCAAAGCAGACCAACGUAGCUGCCUCGGACAGCUUUUCGAAGCUUCCUUUUAUUCGUUUUUUUUUUUUUUUUUUAAUAUAUAUAUAUAGUUGUGGUUGUUUUCUUACCAUCGAAGCUUGAGCGAAGCCCUCCCUCACGGCGACGUUGAGGGAGUUUCACCUGCAGACUUUUGACAGCCAAUUAGCACGGCUCACGGCGAGCUAUCAAGGUCGCGGCCAAGGCCUCCGACUCCAACACGGGGGAAGGGGGUAGGGAGGAAAUGGUCUCGUUUAGUGUUGACUCUUCUUUUAUUUUUAUUUUUUAUAUUACUGUCUCUUGUUCUCGCAGACCAAAAGGGUGGUUCGUUAGCUAUUUGACAGCUUUGGAGCUGCAGUGCCUCCAUGUGCUGUGCGUCAGGGGUGGGGAAGUAACAUACUAUGUGCAGCCAGGCCUCUGUCAAUAGAAAGGAAGCCUUAAACUGUAGUAGGCUAACUCCUAGCUAUUGGUUCCCCAUUGUUAUUGAGCCAGGACACAUGCUGGGAAAAGUGCACACAUUGGAAACCUACACAUUCACUGAUAUUUGUUUUAUUUUUUUUUUACAUUAUUUUUAUAUAUAAAUAUAUUUUAAAAAUAUUUUCUACAUUUUUUUUAAUUUCUUGGUUUUAUCAACUCUCAUUGGACAAUUUUGGGGUUUGAGGGGGGUACAUUUCUUAGUUGGGCCUUUUUGCCUGACAAUGACAGCAAUAGACACUAGGGUUGUAACGACACAUCUGGAUCCAAACAACGAGCUGGUCAAAUCGAUUGAAAUACAGACAUGAUAUAUAUAAAUAUAUAUAUAUAUAUAUAUAUAUAUAUAUAUAUAUAUAUAUAU